UGUGUUCGAGUAUUAAUUUAAAAUGUCACUCAAUCAAGAAGUUAAAAACAUUAUGCUACAAAAUGAUGAAACAAAAUUGAUCGCUUUGAAAGAUAUAUUACAAAAAAAUAUUAGUUCUUGUAAUAAUACGAUUCUUGUCGACUCUUAGGAAGAAGGAAAAACUCUUAAAAAUUUUGAAAUCUAUCUGCCAAAAAGUUUUAAAGAAAAACAUAAUGGCAACUAUGUUGUUUUAAGGGACUCGUACUCGCGUAUAACAAAAAAUGGCAACACAUGAAACCCGCAAAAUCUGAAACUCACAACAUCUGAAUUUCGCAACAUCUGAAUUUCGCAACAUCUAUCCUAUUUAAUACUUAAUUGUUUAAAAUGGCGCUGAUUGAUAACAGCGAAACACAGAGUUCUGAAAGUAUUAUCACUAUUAAAUUGAUAUAUUUAUUUAUUUGUUUUUUGCUUGGUGUAGUAGGCAACUUGUUUGUUAUCAUUUCAAUUAGAAAAUAUAAAAAAUUGCAAACAAUUACAAACUUUUUUGUUUUAAACCUUGCAAUUUCGGAUUUACUAUAUUCUUUAUGUGGUGUACCUGUUAUCUUUAUUACCACCGUUGCAAAAAAGUGGCUGCUGGGAAACUUCCUGUGUGAUGCAAUCGGAUUUUUGAACACACUUUUAUUAACGACAUCAAUUUGGACUCUUGUUAUGAUUAGUAUCAACCGAUAUAUAAAUGUUGCAAAACCAAACGAAGUAAAAAACCUUUACACAAAUAAAAGAACAACUUUAAUUAUAAUUGGUGUUUGGAUAUUUUCAGCGUUAAUUUCCAUUCCACCUCUGUUUGGUUGGAGCGAGUUUAAGUCUGGUUCUAACUUUUGUACAAUUAAUGGGAAAAAGUCAAAAUCUUAUUCUUUAUUCCUGGUUUUACUUGUUUACCUAGUGCCACUGGGCUUUUUAUGUGGUUUAUAUUUGCAAAUAUUUUUUCUAUUAAAUAAGCACAAAAAAAUACAAACAAGGAGCAACCUCGACCCUAUUUGUAACUCUGAGCAUCUAGAAAAGCAAUUAACAUUUGGAAAUGUUGUUUUUUCAUCAAUACCUAAUCCGGUGCAUACAGUACAUUGCUCAAACAAUAAUAAAAGUGCAAAGAUAUAUUUAUUGCCUGAAGCAUCUCCACCCAUAAAAAGUAAAAAAACUUUAAACAGAAAAAAUUGUUUAAUUUUACAAAGUAGAAAUGCAAAAGAGAAUCUACAAAAACUUGCAAUCAAAAAGCAUUUCAAACAAGUUCGAAUAACAAAAAUGCUUAUGGUUCUCGUACUGAGUUUCUUUUUAUGUUGGACACCCCUCAUUUUAGGAUCAUUGUUAUAUUCUUUUACUAUAAACUUGAAAGGUUUUCAAAUGAUGACUUUUGGAAUAAUGUGCUGCACUUUAAACUGUAUACUCAACCCGUUUAUUUACUCUGCAAUGAACAGCAGCUUUAGGAAAUGUUUUUUUCAAAUGUGGACUACCAUUUUUAAAUAUAUAAAAUGUAAAUAGACAAAUAUAUAGAAUUAAAUAAAAACAUUGAUAAAUGAUGAAAAUUUGAUUUGAUCAUAAUAUUGAUGUUGAAAAUCUUAUGUUUAUUAGACCUGACUUAAAAUUUAACCAACAAUAGUUGUAUUUUCCUUUUACAUGUUUUAGGGAUUUUAUGCUUUUCCUUUAUUUGAGGGAUUUUAUGCUUUCGCCUUAUUUGAGGUUAAUAAAACUGCACACAGUUGUGGAGAAUAUAAACAAUAUCCAGGAACUGAAAGCUCUAAAAACUAUUACAUGUGAAAGAACUAGAAGCAGUAAAAUUUCUAAUUUAGAAUUUUAAAUUUAGU